AACCUCUCCUUCACUAAACCCACCAUCAACAACACUCUCUCACUACAACAACCUAACCUCUCCUUCACUAAACCCACCGCACUUCCCAAACUCAUCUCUUCUUUCUCCUCCCACUCGCCUCAACCGCCACAUUACAUCUCCACCGUCGGAUCUUCGUCGCUCAACCCCUCCCACUGGAACCUCACCCAACGCCACCUCACUCUCCUCCAAGCCUUCGCCCUCGUGACGGCGAUAUUUACAACGUGGCUUUUUGGUUAUGCAAUUCCCACGAUUCUGGCUUUCAAGAAAGCGGCAGAAUCACUUGAGAAGGUUAUGGAUACAGCAAGAGAGGAACUUCCUGAUACCAUGGCUGCAGUUAAAUUAUCAGCCAUGGAAAUCAGUGACUUAACCACCGAGCUCACUGAUUUUGGACAAGAGAUUACCCAAGGUGUUAGAAGCUCCACUCGCGCGGUUCGCUCGGUGGAGCAGGGGCUUCGCGGUUUGACCACUAUGCCUUCUUCUUCAGCUUCUUUGCAGGGAAUGGAAUACAGCCCCUAUACUGAGGCUGAUUCGGGUGCACUUUCGGUGGGAAGAAAUGCAAGGGGCAUGAAAGAGGGUAUUAUUAAGGGUCGUUCUAUGUUGAAGAUGUUUUUCUCCCUUGCCAAAUUUUCAAGUUUUGCUCUCAACUUCAUCACCAGACGUGGAAAAAGGUAGAGGUAGAGGCAGAGGCAGAGAAGUUGCUUGAUUUCUUCAGUGGGAGCCCUGAGCAGCACCAAGGUUCUCUUCUCUAUUGUGUUAUAUGAGCUUCUGUUUGUUGGCUGUGUACUUUUGACUUUUUUCUCUUGUUAUGUAUUGCAAUAGAGAUGUUUCCCUUUCAUUGAGGCUAUAGGGUAGUGUUAUCAAUAAUGUGCAUAGAAACCUAAUAGGAAGAACAUAUUCUGUCUUUGGUUGAGUCAACGAUGAC